AUGUCGUGGCCGUGGGAGAGCAAGGCGGCGGUGGACGGCCGCUUCUACGCGGAGCACCCGACGGCGCUGACGGUGACCAGGUCCGACACCUGGAGCGGCCCCGGAUUCAACGUCACCACCUUCGGCAGCAACGACGACGCGGCCGUGAUGAUGAAGGUGCAGACGGCCCACCUGGGCAACGGCAACCUGCGCUCCCUCCUCCUGCUCGACGCCGCCUCCCAGGCCCCCCUGCUCGCCGUCGAGGAGUCCCGCUUCGGGGUCGCCGGCCAGCGCCGGUGGGAGGCGUUCCGGGGCCGCGACAUGAAGGGCGCGGACCGGCUCUUCGUCGCCGUCGACAAGACGCGCUUCCUCCAGAUGGGAUACACGGUGCACGUCUUCCUCCACGGCAACUCCUCCGGCGAGCGGGUCCCCGACUUCGUCGUCCGAGGCAGCUACCUCCGCGGCACCAUGACCGUCUCCCGUGGCGGUGACGACGGCGCCGACUUCGUUGCGCAGAUCAGGAACGAGAGCAGCCUCUGGGCCUCGCUGGUCGGGGAGAACAGGUACACGCUGUGGAUCAAGACGGGCGUCGACCAGGCCUUCAUCAUCGCGCUCGCCGUCAUCCUCGACCAGAUGCAAAGUCCCCGUCAUGAUGCGGCCUCCCGACGUUAA